UGACAGCUCGGAUGGCCCUCGAAAAGGCGAAUCUAAGGAGGAACUGAGGGGGGAGGAUGGCAGAAGUGAACCCCGCGAGGAGUUCGCGGUCAUCUCACACGGAAAAGAACCCGACCCCAUGUAAGUCGGGCCUGGAGAACCGAGCAAUCGGAUAAGCAUGACGACGUCCCGCGCAGCUGAUGCGCAAGUGUGUGCAGUUUGUGUAGGUACCUGUGUAUGUGUGUGUGUGUGUGUGUGUGUGUAUAGCUCCGUGACGCGGGGUGAUGCGGGGCCGCAGGUAGGGAGCUCGUCACCUCAUUCGGAAAGCCCAAGCGCCCAGGGGGGGCGCUUAAAGCACUGUGCGAGUAGGGACAUCUUCAAGCUUCCACACGCUAGAGAAAAUGAGAGUGACAGUAAGAGUGGGAGCGAGGGAAGCAUUUCGGCGUAUGCGAGAGCAACUAUUGCCGCAACGGGGCUAAGUCGAUCUUGGGUUUGCAGGAUGGUGGAAGCGCACGCCGCUUGCAAAAGACCCCCCCCCCCCCGAAAAAUAUUCCGAGUCUCAGAACAACAAGAACAUUCACAUCAUCGUGGCUCCUUCACAGCCUCGUUAAAAACGGGGGGAGCACAGGCGAGGAAGCACCAUGACAAACAAAGUUGGUCCAAUCGCAAGUGGGGGAAUGUGUUUGUAUAUAUUGAAUAAAUUGAUAUGGGUGGUAUAUCACGAGCCCGGUCCCUCGUCCGGGUCGGAGGGAGGAUAGUCCCAAUUCCAUGCAUCAAGAACAGACCGCUCUCAAAGCUGGCCUUUGUUCCCUCCCCCCC